UAACCCUAUUUCUUUGUUUACAGUAGUUUGUAGUGAUUCAAUAUUAAAAACUUAGAUAAAAAGCGUUUUUAAAAAUGAUUCCCACCUGAAAUUGAUCGCAAAAUGACCCACCUGUUAUCACUACGGUUAGUUCCAAUUGAAUCUCGAUCAAUAUGCAAAAAGAACAAAAAGAAUUGAUCAACAAACACUGGCACGACUUGCUAUCCCUCACUGAGGUGCAAUCGUUCGCCAAACUCUUGGUUGAAAAGACCAUUUUUACCGAGCAAGAGGUGCAACGCAUAUUUGCGGGCCUAGACGAGCGCGAGAACAAGCGACAGUUCCUUAAAGAGCUGCAAAACAAGGCGACCGCCUUCAACAUAUUAGUGCAAUGGCUCAACUCGAUCGACCAACAAAAACUGGCCAGGGAGCUGGCGAAGGGCUCCUCUGGCAUCACCCCCUUUAAAGCCCCCAUAGACGAGCAGGAUAUCGUCGAGCCAACUUAUGUACUAUCAAAUAGAUUCUUUGAUUUGGCUGUGAACUUCGACGGGUCCACCACCCCUUUGAACAUCAAAGUGAAACUGGCCGAGAGGUUUUUGGAUAGCAAAGAGCACAAUCCGCACGUGCCGUUUUAUAGAACGAGAUCUGAGAACAGGGGCAAGGUUUUAAUUAUAAAUAAUUACUUUUUUGAUGCCCAUACUGAUCAUAAGACGAGGACUGGGUCUGAGGUGGAUGAGAUUAACUUGACCCAUUUGUUCGAGCAGAUGGGAGGAUGGUUGGUUCAAAAAGAAUCUAAUAAAACUGCCCGGGAAAUGAAGGAAAUCCUGAAAAAGUUCGCGUGGAACCACGAGAACAACCGCUACGACAUCUGUUUCGUGUUCAUCAUGAGCCACGGGUCCUCCCUAGCGGAUCAGGAAACAAUCGUUUACGGUACAGACGGGGGAUACUUGAAAACCCAAGAGAUCCACCGAUGGUUCGAUAAUAGCCACUGUAGGGCCUUCAGGGGCAAACCGAAAGUUUUCAUUUAUCAGGUCUGCCGUGGGCACGAGCUCGACAUCCCGACCAGGCACACGGAGUACGACGGGCGGAUGCUGGGGGCGGAAGGGCCGCCGCCCCAGUCGCCCACCUCCACCUCGUUCCCGCCCCCGCGGCCCCAAUUGAGGCCAGUGGACGACACGGCGGUCGGGUUUGCCACCAUGCACGGCUCCAAGGCCCAUCGGGACCCCUUCAGGGGCACCUGGUACAUCGAGUUGAUCUGCAAGAACAUUAUGGAGUACGGGUGCAAGCUGUCCGUGGACGAUAUUUUGAUUAAGGUGGACGACGACCUCAGACGGCGCAUGUCUGAACAAGGCACCGUCCAGACGUCGGAGCGUCAACUGCGGGGCUUCAACAAGUUGUACUUGAACCCCGGCAUUUACGAGAAAAACGGGAAGUUGCACAAGUUUCACGACAGUUAAAGGGAGGGGAUUGAGGAGCCAAAAUUCUUCGGAAACAACUGAAUGUGAUAUUUUCCAAUUAUUAUUGAUCCUAAAUUUCGGCGAAUACUAAUGCGGCUCCUGCGCACCAGUAGCCGAGUUUUUAUUCGAAAAAGAAGAAGUUGGUAGACGGCAAUUUGGAGUUCGAUUUCGCGUUUUACCUUUUAAUUGACGCUAAUUAAUUAAAUGUCUUGUUGUGUGUCUCAAAAUUCCGUAACGAUGGUGUUCAUAAGUGUUCAUAAUGAGAAGCAUAUCUGUUUUGUAUAUUUUUAUACGAAGCCACUGGUCUAUCAGUUUCUUUUUUUUUUUUUCUCUUUUUAUAUACACGUUUUUGAUACUAAUUUAGCAUUAAGUUCAAAGAAGUGACAACAUUGUAAUUGAAAGACUGCGCAGGAACGUCAUUUUACGGGUCCAGUUUGACAGCAUCCCAGUUUGACCUGUCAACGUUUGACAAGUAACUUAAUGUGCACAACCGAUUUUCCUUCCCCCACCACUCCUUCCCUCCAAUCACAAACAAGCACGCGGCCAUUUUUAUUUUCACGCUGUCGUUUUCUGACAGCUGUCAAAGUUUACCAGUUGGCACGACUGCUGUGAUUUACUUUCUUCCACUUCUCAAAUAUAAUCCAACAUACCUCAAUUUUUUUUCUUUUGUCAAGUAACUUUGUCCUCAUAAUUUGUCAAACACGCGGUUCUUAUAAAGAAAUAAAAAAAACAAAGAUAAAGAACUUGAUACUGUCAACGCGUUUUCCAACUAUCCAAAUUUGACAGUUUUGACAACUGUUUUGAUUUUCGCCCCCCUCCCCAGUCAUAGUCAACCGGCCAUUUUUUAUUUUACUACUGUCAUUUUCUGACAGCUGUCAAAGUAUGCCAGUUGGCACGACUGCUUUGAUAUACUUUCUUACACUUCCGAAAUAUAACCCUGCACACGCCGCCAUUUUGUUUUUCCUUUCACUAUAGUGACGUAAUAUUCUUUAGUAUAUGUAUUAAAUAAUUUUUGUAGACGUCAAGGAUUGACAGUUUUGACAACUGACCGAAAUCCCCCUCCUCCCCUCCCACUAAUAUAACCAAUAUGCCACACCAUGUUUCAUGAGAUAUCAGCUGUCAUAACCUGAUAUUGUUGAUAACUGCCCUAUUUUCCUCCCCUCCACACUCCAAAUAUAACCUAACUCACCGCCAUUUCACUUUUAUUUCAUUAUACUAACGUAAUAUUCCUAAUAUAAAUAUAUUAUUUAAUAAAAUAAUUAUUCAAGCCCUUUAUUUUCCUUCCCCACCCCUCUCCUCCAAUUGCAAUCUAACAAGCCGCCAUGUUGUUUUAGAUGUCGGCUGUCAUGACUUGAUAGAGUGAUUUGACAAGUGGGAAAGUUCUCCCCUCUCCCGCUUGUCAAAAUAUGAUGCAACACAUCGCCACCUUGAUUUCAUGAUAGUGCCGUAAUAUUCUGUAGUAUAUUCCUUAUGUAAUUCAUAAAUUUUUCUAGCUGUCAAAAUUUGACAUUAGUGACAACUUCCCGGGAUUUUCUUCCUCCACCCCUCCGUUUCUCCAAUCACAGCACGCUUCGCUAUAGUCGCCUUCCCCCCCUCCUGUUUUUGAUAUCACUAUAGUGACGUCAUAUUUUAUUUUUUAAUUAAUCAAUUUUUGUAGAUGUUCAAAUUUGACAGUUUCUUCUUCUUUUUGACUCACGGACGGGAAGUUGACAGAAAAAAUUAGCUGUCAAAUAUUGACAGCCUCGAAUUCUUCCUCGUCUUUUUUUUGUUUUGAAAAAGAAGAAAAUGAGCUGUCAACUGUCACUGUCAGGGCUAAAAUGGCGUCCCUGUAUGCCCCCCCUCCCCUCAAGUGCCAAAACAUUCCACUUUUCCUGUUAAUCAUCAUUGAUGUCCCGUUUGCUCAACUUCUCUCGCUUCUUUGAAUGUCUCUUUUUAUUAUGCUCAAUUGUGUCAUUUAAUUAUUAUUUUUAUUAUUAUUAUUAUUAUUAGUAAGAUUAUUAUUGUAUUAGUCAAUACAUAGGGAUAUAUAGUAAAGGUGCAUUUUACAACGACACUUCCUGCCCCCCUCCUAAGUAUGUACAUAUGUAUUAGCGUUAUAUAAAAAAUAUCAUUAUGUGCUUGUAUAAUGCAUAUUUUCUUAUAUUAACUAUUGGUUAUAUGUACAAAAAGGGUUGGCAUGCUAUUUGUUUUUUUUUAUUAUUUUUAUUUACAUUUUUUUAUAUUUAGCCAAUUUUUGUUAGCUAACAAAGUAUAUACAUAUUAUAUAUAUAUUAUAUAAUUUUAUAUUUAAGAUUUUUUUAUUAUUAAAUAUAUUAAAUUUAUUUAGCAUUGGUA